AUGGCCACGGACGAGUCGCUCUUUGGCGCGUCAAUGGACGGCCUCCCGGCGUUCUUCACGAGCGGCCGCGUGGACGACACGAAGUACGAGUCGCUCCUGGCCGACCUGCGCGCGCACGACCUCUUGGGGCCCGUCGAGAGCGGCGCGCAGACGGGCGACGCCAGCAGCAGCGCGUCGCUGUUCUUCAAUGACGCGUUCUCGGCGGCGUUCAUGGGCACGUUCCAGUCCACUGCACGGGCAGCAGACGACAGAGCCGCCGGCGGAGCCCCUGGACGGCCGCCGCCGGGUCUCGCGGCGCCAGUGGGGCCGGUGUCGCCUUCAGAAGACCUCAAGUGGGCCCGCGGCCAAGCGGAGUUCUCGAGGCUCGAGGAGCAGUUCCAAGGGACAACUGCUACUGCCACUGCCGGCGGCGGCGGCGGCUCUGCAACAGGCGGACGGGCGCCGCCGCCCGGUCUGAGCCUGGAGCAGGACCCGGAGCUGGACGAGAGUCAGGUGCCCGGUCUCCGCGGCCUCGGACUGGACGACGACGAGGCGUCGGUCGCUGGUCAAGAAGAUGCUGCUCCGCCACUCAAGCAGACGGCGCACGCACCUCCUGGCGCUGCGUUAGGAGGGCCUCAGCCACCGGACCACCGGCCGCCGCCGGGUGCGUGGAACGCGCCGCAGCUGGCGCCGCCAAUGGCGCCUGCCAAUCCCCACCAGCAGUUCAUGCCACGGCCGCCGUCGCACAUGCAAGCGGGACAAGCUCCUCACCCCAUGUACAGACAGGGCGCACCCAUGCUGCCCAUGCCUCUGCCGAUGUACGGACGUGGACCGCCGCCUGUUUCGUUGCGACCGCCGUUUCCGGGCCCCCCGGGUGCAUUUGGGCGCUACGGUAUGCCACAUGGGCCACCGCACAUGCACCCGCCUGCUUUCAAGAUGAUGACUCCGCGGGAUGUGAACUUUGUGGUGCAGCAGCAGAUGAAGUGGCUGCGCUCGAGCGACCCGUUCAGUGAUGACUACUACUUCCACAACUUUAUGCAAAAGCGGACACGUGCAGGGGUGCCUGGUCGCCCAUCUGUCCCGCUGCCGUCGUGGAAAUUGCAGCAUGUAAAGUCGGUCGAUCCUCGAGAUGUACAGCGCGCAGUCAAGUCGCGCAACUGGGAGUCAGAGUACCAUGUGCUCGGACGCAACACGCAGAGCAGUUUGUACCGCCCGAAGCAGUCGCUCAACCUCGCGGAUACCGAAAGGAGUAGCUCGCCCCGUGUUUCUUCACCGACAGACACUGAGGGUGCUGAGCAAGCACCAUUGAGUACCGACACCGAUGGCGAGAAGACUGCACCCUCCUCUUCUUCUACGACAGCCGAGUCCAGCAGUGAAGUUGCCAGCUCUGUGCGUGUGCGUGGAUCGAGUCCUGGCGCCCAGACUGUGGCUGCGGAAGCCACCACCUCCAAGGUGCUGCGAAUGAGCAAAGAUGCGAGCCGCAACUCGGUAUUUGCCAAUGACACGUGGAACCUCCGCCUCCAGUUGGACCGCGGCAUGCAAUGUCUGCUGUCUCUACAGGACGCGCGCCACUUGCUGGAUGCUCGCGGGAUCAACGUGCAGCAGUUCCACUCGAUGAGCGAAGCUGAAAUGGAUCCGGCUCUUGUUGAGUUGCGCUCACGGACAACGUCGCUGUUGCUGGAAUUGGCGGCUUUGCUUGGUGUCAAUGUGAUUCAGCCGAGUGACGCGGACAGUGACGCAGCGUCCUGUGGUGUCAUGAGCUGCGACGUUCAGCAGUUGCUAAAGAUGCUGACAGCUGUCAAGGGGAAGAUGUUGGUGAGUCGCGCCCUGCCGCUGUUGCACCCGUCAGCCCGCUUUGUCCUCUUGCCUCAUCUCGUGGAUCAGCUUUUGUCUGGCAUCGGAAUCGAUCAUGGACGCCGCGUGGAAGCAAGCGAUGCAGGUGACGAUCGUCUGUGCCAGACGCUGGUACUCUUGUUGCUGUAUGUGCCGCCGACGCCGCCUGUUGAGCUGCUGACUGCUUGUCUCCAGCGUGCACUGGUUGGCCACGAGGUGCAGUCGUUGUCUGUCGUGUUGCACGACCGGGCGCGUGCGGAGGCUUUCCAGGCACUAUUGCAGCGCGGCGGAUCGGCUGUACAGCAGUUGACGGAGACUGAAGGAGUGAACGCUGAGCACGCGCAAAGCGUCAAGCAGGAGUGGGAGCACCACCAGAGUUUGUUUGUGCACUUGGCCACAGCUGUCAAGCAAGCGGCCUGA